AUGGCUGCUUCAACAUUUCUCUUAGCGCUGUUAGUUGUGUCCGGUGUUCGAGGCCAGUCAAGCUCAUCUUCGUCCAGCUUGAAAGGAGCAGAAGUAUCGGUGGUGAAUACUACAAACAUCACCGACACCUGCAGCCAGGACGAGUACACCAGUGACUGCUGGUAUCCUGUGGACUGCAAGAUAUGCCUCUCACGUACUGGUUGUGCUGUCGAAGUCUCAACUGGUCGCUGCGUAUCGAGCUCCAGUGCAUUCGUAACUGAGUCUUCUUCGAGCGAGCUUUCUAAUGCACCGUACUUCAUCAGCGGGGAGGUCAAGUACUGCAGCAAAAUCGACCCAGCAUGUUUCACGUGCCGCCGCGGCAACGCACCUGCAAUUUGCUUGGGCUCCUCCGGUUGCGUUUGUGUUUCCCAAUGCGAGCACAUCUCGACACAACCCACGAAAUGCAAGCCUGGAGCCAUCAGUAGCGUGAGCUACGGCGCCCUCAUUGCAGCGGCGGCCGUGCUGUUUCCGCUCGUCAUGUACAUGCUCGUCAAGGGCAGUAGUAUUAGCCGCCUUCUGCGUCGAAAAGAGAAAACUCAACGCAAUCUGCCCGGCCGCCUUAAGCUCGAUGCCUGGCGCAACCACCUCAACGAGCGCGCCGAUCCUGUGAACGAGCGCUUUACCGAUCUCGAGUUGCGCUCGUGCUUCGUACCCAUGGAAAGCGGCAGACGUCCGCACCUGCGGGCUGGGGACGACGCUGCAGAGACCGGCGAUCACGUUGAAGCUGGUGACAGCGAUGUCACGCGGGCCGUCGCUGUCACUGACAUGCCAUUCUCGCCGACUGAGGACCGCGCUAGAGAAGAGAAGAUCGAGGAUCAACCGGGAGCGGAACUAGUGUAG